AUGGCUACCCCCAAUAUUCUCACCUUUGAUGCUGAGGGUCGGGCUAUCGACUUUGAGGUCUGGGUCGAUGAUCUGCAGCUUUUCCUGCAGUGCGAUAGGAAAGAUGGUCUCUCACUGUUCGAUCUCACGUCCGGCGCCUUUGCAGCCUCUGUUGCCGAUACUGACAGUACUGUUCGCUCACAGUGGGCCACACGCAAUGCUACUGCCCGUCUUGCUAUGUGUAGUCACCUGCCGUCCAUUGAGCGCGCACACUUUAGUCAAUACAAGAGUGCUAAGACCUUGUACGACGCUGUAGUUGCACGCUACUCUUCCCCUACCACUGCUGCCCUUAGUCGCCUCAUGCUGCCAUACCUGUUUCCUGACCUCGCCGCCUUUCCCACAGUCGCUGACCUCAUUACGCACCUCUGCACUAGUGACACCCGCUACCGUGCUGUGCUUCCUGCUGAGUUCUGCGCCAAGAACCCACCCCCAAUGUACAUCACCCUCUACUACCUAGUCACCCGGCUCCCUGACUCCCUUCGCCCGGUCAAGGACCACUUCCUCCUUGUUUGCCCCACCACACUCACCGUUGACCUCCUCGAGGAGCGCCUCCUGGCAGCUGACAAGAGUAUAGUCGUUGUAGGAGCCUCUCGUGGUGACCCUCGUGCCCCCUUCUUUGAGGGGUGCUCCCCCUCCCCCCCUUUGCCCUCUGUUGCCUCUGCUGCUGCGGUCGACCUCGUUGGCACUGAGUCGGUCGGCGCUGCGUCUGCCCCUAGCGGGAGACGCCGCAACGGCAAGGAAAAGGGGGGCAAGGGCGCUGGAGGAGCUGGUGGGGGCAGUGGAGGUGGCGGUGGAGGUGGCGGUGGAGGCGGUGUAGGUGGUGGGGGUGGCGGUGGGAGUGGUAGCGCGGGUGGGGGCUUCGGUUGCGGCGGUGGAGGCGGAGGCGGCGGCAGUAGUGGCGGUGGGAGCGGAGGAGGCAGUGGUGGCGGCGGUGGCGGAGGUGGCGGUGGAGCUGGUCGGGGUGGCUCUGUGCAGCGAGGCGGCUUCGGUGGUGGUCGGCGCCAGCAGCAGCAGCGCACUCGUGAGACCCCGCCCCCCCAGCAGCUUCGUGAGUGGUGCGGUGAGCCGUGCGGUGGCCCGCAUACCACCCAGCGAUGCUUCGGCCACCUAACGGACGCCUGGCGUCUCCAGUUCCCUGACGCCACUGAGAUCCCUCGCUGGGGCGAGUUGCUUAGGUCGGGGGUUGCUAUCUUUGAUCUUGAUUAUGAUGCUAUUCUUGCUGCCAUGUAUGUUGUGUCUACUAGUGAUGAGGGUGACUGUUAUCUGUGUGUUCCGCCUCACCCAGGCAUUGAGGCUGCUGCUCUAGGUGCUGGUGAGGCUGCUUCUCUAGGUGCUGGUGAGUCUGCUGCCCCAGGUGCUGGUGAGUCUGCUCUCUAA